AUGCUUUCCUGCCCCAAGUUGCUUGCAGAACGCUCUGAGGGGCAGAUUCACUACAGUCUGCGCUGCUCGCUGCUACGAGAGGAGCGGUGUCAGCGCGACUCACUGUACUCGCAGGCAAAGGAGGAGCACAGACAGCUCUGCGCUGUGUGCGCUGAAGAGUCGAAGACGGAGUGGGUGCGAGAGGAUGCAAGAAGAGCGGCCAAUAUAAGUCCACCAGAACCGUGUCCUUCGCGAUAUGCGUACAAGUACAAGGCAGGAACAACGGUGUCCGUGCUGCCUGUAGGCCAAUUAACAGCGGUCCUGAAUCAGAGACCCAGCGCCACAGUCGACCCCGGCAACGCUGAAGAGAAUUUGCUGGAGCCCUGGGAGUCAGAGAACCGCGUUGACUUGCAGGAAUGGGAGCUAGGCGAGCGACAGGAGAUGCUCCACGCAUUUCAGACCAUCUUGGUGGCACAGCACGAGCAUGAGCUUGCCCUACGGGAGGCUGCGUGCAAGCUGGUGAUGGGCGGUGCGACAGCGCUUGACUGGACGUCCUACCCACACUACGCUGAGCCGGGGCUGCACCCAUAA